AUGAUCGAAAAGAAAGCAUUAGCUUCAUAUAGAUAUGUUCCUAAGCCAGGUAAAAGCUGGAAAAGAUUACCAAGAGUACCAAUGACUCAAUAUCUGGAAACACCAGAGUUGAAUACAGAUAUAAUGUAUAGUGGAUAUAGGCCAGUAAUGUAUCCAGUGAAAGAAAAUCCAUUGUUUAGACAUAAGAAGAAUCAGCAAACUAUAAUGAAUGAUUUUAUAGGUGAAACUACUAGUGAUAUUAGUAAUCAUAAUAACAUUAUGGAUUCUAGUAUAAAGAACAAUGAUACAAACAGUGGAGAAGAGAAAGAGAAAAAGACAAUAAAUAAAUACUUAUUUGGAGAAAACAAUCAAGGAGGUAUUAAAACGUUAGGCAUUAAUGGUACGUGGAAAUACGGACCAAAAGUGCCCUCAAGUCUACUACCGUUUAAUUGGUGGAGUGUGUCAAGUCUCGGGAUGGAGUGCUAUCCAGAAUGGAAUGGAAUACCACGUGAAGUAAUUGCAAAAUUAAAACCAUUUGAUAGAAGUUGA